CCUGCGCGCGCCGGGGCCCCGGGCGCAUGGAGCAGCGCUGAGGCGCCGCAGCCGACACCGCCUGGCGGGCGGGGGGACCCCCGGCCCCGCGCCGCCGCCUCCCGCACGGGCCCGGCGCUGAGUCUCCAUCGUCAUCAAAUACAACUCCUUUCAUUCUCCUCUUCCAUUCACCUACCCAAAGACCAAAUCUGGAAAUAGUAACCAAAAGAGAAGCCCACGUCAUACACAAAGCAGGGAAAGAUUGAAAUAAUUUAAGGCGAAUCCGGAGUGAUCCGGAGUCACCCCCCAAGCUCGGACACCGCCUGGCCAUCUGCCAAUGUGACAACUCACGCUCGGCAUGGGCAUCAGUUGGUGAAGUGAGUCUAUAGGACACAAAGUUGGCCAGAUGCAGCGGGGCAUGGAGUGAACAGAAAGAGGUUAAAUUGAUGGAUGACCAACAAGAGCAGGAUUGUGCCUCAGAAGACCAAGAAACGAUCCUGAUUAAUGGGGUGAAAGAAAACGAGUCGCACGCCCUGGACGGCGAUGAGAGGCCUUGCACCGCCACCGACGCCGCGGUCACGUUCUCAGCCUUGACGACAGCUCAGAAGGAAAACCACGCGUGCCACCGGGCGCUGCCUCCCCUGACGUCCAAGAAGCCCUGCUUGCUGAGCCCCCCGUCGCCGCUGCGGCUCACGGAUGUCCCUGAGCACGCCUCGGAUGACUCCUCUGCCCACGCCAUCUCCCUCACGUCCUGCGUGACGAAGGGCAUGAGCUCCUGGUCACUGCCGGGUGACUGCGAGAAGGCUCCUUUCACCAUGAUGGAGCCUGGAGGCAUGUCAGCGUUGACGGGUGACUGCUUGAUGCAGCCGAGCCGGACCUGUCUGGGCUGCUUUAUUGAAUCAAAGGACGGCAUUGAUGCAGAGCCGGGAAUAAGCUUGAAAGUGGGGGAUAUAAAUAGGGAUUAUGACACCUGUUCAGUCUCUGAUAUAGGGAUUCACUGCAUGAGCACAGGAGAAACCAUGAGAUAUGGGGAUCAACUGCUUUCAGACCAGCUUUUAAGCUUCCCUAUGCAUAAAUCGAGGGCAGCGGACAAAAGAGAUGCAGAAAAAUCUGACAGUGAUUCAGAGGACCCCACUCAGAAAAAUUAUUACGAGGGAUUACUAUUAGACAAAUGCAAUGGUGAGGAACCUUUACUAACAAAUCCCAACCAGGAAUGGGGCUAUUUUGAAUCUUUCAUUAGUGAAAGUAAAAUUGAGCUGCUUGACCUCUGCUCCAAAAAUGAGCUUUCUGUAAAUCUGUUUUCUGAGGAAGACGUGGAUAAUUACAUGUUCGAUGACGACGAUUCUACCUUGGGAAGCGAUGUCUGCUCCCUAAAGAUUAGAUAUGAAUCUUUCCAGGACAACGUGCGGGAGAAGACCACCACCCUACAGGAGGACGCCCAGUUCAACUUCUUCCCCAGCGUGUUUGGGAACUGCACCAAAAGGGACAGCAGGAGCACCCUGAAAAGGGGGCCCAGCGGUGCCACCGACCCUUCGCAAUUCAAGUCUGAAGAAGGCAUCAUCUGGGGGGAGGAGGAGGAGGAUGGUGAGGAAGAGGAUGGCGAGGAGGAGGAGAAAGCUGCCUUAAAUAAAUCUUGCAACAGCACGGAGAUGGUGCAGUACGUGGGCUCCAAGAGGAGCCACUUCUUGGACUCGGUGAAUUCCACGGAAGACUCCGGGGAGUUCAGUGACGACAGUACUUGCACAGAGUCCUCCUACGACGUGCUGCGGGAUAUCAAGGACUGCAGCCGGUACCUGUCCCGGGACCACUCUGGCUCCUUCAUUCAGCAGAACUAUGGGUUGCGGGCUAAGAGGAAAGUGCGAUACAGCGAUGACUACCUGUACGAUGUGGACUCCAUCGAGAAUGAGAAGAUCCUGGAUAAGAAGGAGUGGCUCCCUGAUGGGCCCAAGGAAGAGGAUGAUGAUGAGUGGUGCCCCAAGAAACGGCGAAAAGUCUCUCGCAAGGAGCCCCCCGUUAUCAUCAAGUACAUCAUCAUUAACAGGUUUAAAGGGGAGAAGCAUAUGCUGGUGAAGCUCAGCAAAGUGGAUGCCAAUGAGACAACUGUUACCCUAAACGAGGAGCUGCUCAGCAAAUACAAGAAGCUGGCCCCACUGAAGGGCUUCUGGCAAGAGAGGCAGCAGAGCCGGCUGGAUUUGCUCAGAUCGUCUCUCUACCACAAGCAGAAUUUCUAUCUUAACGGCUCAGAUGCUUCAUUCCUCCCUCACCCACGGAAGCGAAAAUGCAAGCUAGCAAACAGGCACCGGAUUCAAAGAAUUAAAGCCAUCGAGCAGUCAGUGAACAAGCUGGGCUCUUGCUCCUCUGAUCACAAGCAGCCUUGCAGCAGUAAAGAGGACGCAGGCCUGAAAGGGCUGCCAACGUUGGCCAUCGCUACCCCCAGCUGUGCCAAUGGAUUGCACGUACAUGACAUCCCGGGCAUCACUGCCGUGAAAUGCAAAUCCCAGGAACGGGAGCACAAGGGGACGGAGAGGAAAGUGCUCCGCAGAAUCAAAUUCAAAAGUGAAGCCAGGUUGAAGUGCAAGAAGAUCAAAGCUGCUACCAGCACGGCGGAGGGUUCCCCGGCGCUGGAAAACCAGGACUCUGCAGCGCGUCUGAAGGACGAAAACAUACCCUGUGCUUCAGACAGCUCACAUCUCCCGGAGUGCCACGAGGAUAAGGUUGCUAAAAAUUCUCCUUUCCUACCAUCCACCUCCUCUUCAGACAAGCCUCUGCCAUCUGCUAAUAUCACCACCAAUGUACCCCUGAUCCCCGGAGGGUAUCUGCAGACGUUGUUAGAUGCUUCUGAUUUGUCAAGCAACACCGGUAUCUCAUACUUCACCCAGCAUCCCUCCGAGCAGCAGCAGCAGCAGCACUCGCUCCCCAGCAUCGUCCCAGCAGAAAAGCCCUUCCCGGCUCUGCAGCCAGCGCAGAGCUGUGUGCUCUCCCCGCCCUCCGAGUCGGAGCUGCAGCAGUCUCCUGGCCACUUGGAGAUGGAGCAGAGCAGCUUCAGUAGCAUGUGGCCGGCCAGCAAAGCUGCUGGCAGCAACCACCAGGACUUCCCCGGAGACAUGCAGGAGGCGGCCGGGCUGCCGAGCGAGUUUGGCAGCGGCGGCAGUGCCACGGGUGCCGACGGCCUCCCUGCCUCUGGAUACACUCAAGUCACUCUGAACAACGGCAAAUUGCUUUACCAAAAAAAUUACAUGCCGGAUAACCAACAAGUGCAGUCUGAUGAUUCCUAUCAGUCAUGUCAUUUUAAUAAUGGAGAGGGGCGCUUUCAUUUCCAGCGAGGUACACUAAGUACAGAUGAUGGCAGGCUCAUUAGUUUUGAUUCAGUGGGUUCAUUGUCAGUUAGUUCAAGCAAUUACAGUUCUUUAAGUUUAAAGUCUUGCGAGAAGGAUGGCGAGGAUGAUAUUAAUGAUGAUUUCUUGGCCCACUGCAGUCCCAAGCUAGUGAUCCAGCAAAGCAUAGAUGAAAUCAGCCCAUUGAAGGAGUCCACGGACCUUUUAGACAUCUCCAACUUCACGCCUGAUAGAUUCCGCCAGUCGUCGCUUUCGGAGAUGUCCCCUCCGGACACCCCCAACCUGUCCCCGCAGAUAGCUGGCUCCGACACCAAGCCUCUGGGCACCCUGAAGGGCUUUCAAGAGAACCCCCAGGCUGCCCUCAACAGCUCCGAGAAGGUCAAGUGGAACUGUGGGGUCCUGCAGAGCGAGGAUCAGGCAGAUAAUGGGUUUGCUUUAAAUAAUCACCAGUUCCAGUUCCAUAUGUUCAACGAUGAAGAUUCUGUCAGCCUUCUCGAAAAGAGUCCAUGCUUGUCAACAUUUAAUGAGCCAUCUGGUCAAAUUAGCACCAAUAGCAAAGUGUCAAAAUCGAAGAGGAAAAGUUCAUCCAGCAAGAAUGUGGGUACAAACCAAAGCUCUUCCCCGAAAGCCACCCGGAAAAAAUCGCCCAAAACCAACAAAGGAACUGAUAAACCGCCAGGGAAAAACUCCAGGCAAGCUCCCAAAUCCACCAGAAAAGGGAAGAAUGCGGUGGGAGUCAAUGCUGAGAAGGCUCCGGCUGUUGGCAGCAGGGUGGUCAACCAGCUGAGCAACAUGGCCACUGCCACCAAGGGCCUUGCCGAGAGCUCUCAGCACUGCAGCCCAGCCGGGGUGAAACUGGGCAAGCACAAUGGGCUGUCUGGAGAGUGGGCGCUGGGAAAAGAGGGGAGCACAGGCUGGUCAGAAGCCAGCUUGGGCAAUGCCACCAGCCUCCUGGACGACGAUCAGAGGGAGUUUGAAGAACCUUCCAACAUCCUGUCCAACAUCGCGUCGGGAAUGGCAGAUGUCCAGCGGUUUAUGAUGGCCUCCAUUGAGCCCUUGUGGGGGCCUGUUAGCCACAACAGUGUUCCAGACAUAUUCCGGUCACCGGAAUCCAACAGCCUGAAACUGAAAACUCUUAAGAUUUUGGCAGGGACAUCCCAAGAGUCAAAGAAGAAGGCGAAUGGUGGCUCACCACCCGCAGCCAAGAACCACAAGUCAACCAACAAGGGCUCAAGCAAAAACGGCAAAGCAGCAACCUGCGAUCCCGGUCGUCCCAACUGCUCAACCGGGUUCACCACGGACAUUCCCACUCCCUUUUUUGAUAAAAACUAUAGUAACCUGAGCACUUUAGGCAAUAACGGACCUACCCAUAAAAAACUCUACCGUCACAAAUCCAGUUCGAAAUCGCUGCGGGAUGAGAACUGUAAAAUCAAGCGAAUGGACCGCGAACAGCCCCACAAGGACCCACCCGUGACAGCUGCUUUUGAGAAACUGAGGUAAUGCUGCACCAAACUGGCUGGAAUGCCCCUUAACCUCCUUCCCACCUGCUAGGCUGCUCCUCAGUUUUUCCUUCCUUGAAAGCAAAAGUUGCAUGAAAAAAAAAACAAACACAAAAAAAGACAUUCCCCUUUUUUAUCGUUUUGGUUUUGGGGUUGGUUUUGGGGUUUCUUUUGGUUGGGUUGGUUUGGUUUUUCCUUUUGAAAUGCAUGAAAUACUUCUUACUUGCAAGCUACCUAAAGAAUGACCAAUUUUCUGGCUUGGCUGGGGGUGAAAACAAAACUAACAAGGCUACUCUUUCCUGCUGUUUGGCUUCUUCGGUUUUUAAUUCCUUAUUUAUUGGGGGAAAAACGAAACAAACCACAAUUUCACGCUGUUUUUAAUGAUUUUGGAAAGACUUUUUUUUUCUUUUUUUUUUUUUUUGAACAUUUUGUAAGAAAAAGAUUAAAAACAAAUCACAAAAAAAUUUAAAAAAAAAAAGAGGUUAUGCAUCCAAAAGCCAAGA